UUGAUGGGCUGAGUAGUACCGGAGCUUUCUGUGAAUGGGAGCCCGCUUCGCGUUGCUAUGGGAUUCCCGGGCUACGUUCCACUGAUCCUCGCGCUCAGUGCCUCCUGCUUCCUGGCUGCCGCCCAGCUCCCCCUGGUCAUCAAUACUUGGCCUUUUAAAGACGCAACACAGCGAGCAUGGGACACUCUUCUUUCUGGAGGUUCAGCAUUGGAUGCAGUAGAGAAAGGCUGCAGCCAGUGUGAGUUUGAGCAGUGUGAUGGCACUGUAGGAUACGGUGGAAGUCCAGAUGAACACGGGGAGACAACACUGGAUGCUAUGAUUAUGAAUGGUAACACAAUUGAGGUUGGAGCAGUUGGAAACCUGCGAAGAAUUAAAAGUGCAAUCAGUGUUGCAAGAGCAGUGAUGGAACAUAGCAGUCAUUCAUUGUUGGUGGGAGAGUCAGCAUCAAUCUUUGCUCAGAAUAUGGGAUUCCUCAGUGAAGACUUAACAUCAAAUAAAUCUCUGUCCAUCCAUGCAGAAUGGCUGAGCAAAAAAUGCCAGCCCAAUUACUGGAAGAAUGUCUUUCCAAAUGCUAAAACAUCUUGUGGACCAUAUAAACGAAAGGAAGGGCAAUGGUCAAAAAGACAUAGAAUGCCAGCACAGGUGGUCGAUAUUCACAACCAUGACACCAUUGGUAUGAUUGUAAUUGAUAAGAGUAGAAGGAUAGUGGCUGGAACAUCCACCAAUGGUGCAACGCAUAAAAUCCCAGGCCGUGUGGGAGAUUCACCAAUAGUUGGGGCAGGUGCUUAUGCCGAUAGCACAGCCGGAGCUGCAGCUGCUACAGGGAUGGGCGAUAUUAUGAUGCGGUUUCUUCCGAGUUACCAGGCAGUGGAAUAUAUGAGAUUGGGAAUGGAACCAACUACAGCUUGCCAGAAAGUUAUUGCAAGAAUUCAAAAGUAUUACCCAAAGUUUUUUGGCGCAAUCAUCUGUGCGAACAGAACUGGGGGUUAUGGUGCUGCAUGCAGUAAAUGUCCAGGAUUCAACCAAUUCCACUUUAUGGUUCACAAUCCAUCAGAGACCUCUGAGCAGAUAGUGGAUUGCAUUUAAAGCUACAGUGAUACAUCACUUUCAAAGACUUUAAGGCUUGUUAUCAUUUGCACUCACUUUUGAACCUAAAUGACACCUUGCAAUCUGUUAACGUAUUGUAAGAAACCUUGUUGCUAUGUGAUUUGGUAACUGGACCAUAUUGAUUGCCAAUAUAGUGUAUGCAGAUUGUUUGUCUUUGAAUUUUGAGAUGUACUCUAAAUGUGAACACUCUUUGUUCAUGUGCAUGCACAUGAACACUUGACCUUUCAGAAUCCAUUGAGCUUGUGCCAUUAUUUAGACCAUGAUUGAUCUAUACCAUGAGUCCAGGAGAAAGUGAGGACUGCAGAUGCUGGUGACCAGUGUUAAAAGGUGUGGCUUUGGAAAAGCACAGCAGGUCAGGCAGCAUCUGAGCGGCAGGAGAGUUGACAUUUCGGGCAGAAAUCCUUCAUUCCUGAUGAAGGGCUUAAGCCCAAAAUGUCCAUUCUCCUGCUCCUUGGAUGCUGCCUGGCCGGCUGUGCUUUUCCAGUGCCACAAUUUUUGAAUAUACCAUUAGUCCAUUUAUCUACCCAUUGACCGUUCUAUUAGAUAUUUGGAACCAGAACGAAAAUCCAGUAAGUAAUUGGAGAACCGUAAAAUUACACUAGUAACAACUAUUCAUGGAUAUGUUUGCAAAUACAUGAGAUCUAUAUGGACAUACGGAGGUCUUCCAUCCCCUCACCUCUUGUAUAAUUUAAUGAAAUGAUUGAUCAGAAUCUCAUUCCCAUUCACCUGGAACUAAAUUAAUUCUGAAAACUGGGCAGCAUGGACAAGUUGGGCCCCUGUUUCCAUACUGUAAACCUCUCUGCUUUUGAUCCAUAUCUUAUGAUUUUUACACCUGAUAAUUGAUUGAUCUCUCAUGUUCAGAAAAUUUCAAUUGACCCAGCAUCCACACCUCCUUUGAGGGUAAGGGAGCAGUAUCUGUAAAUGUGUACUGUGCUGGACUGUGAAGCCAUCAUUUCAGAACUGCCUUCACAUAGUGGUGAUACCAAAUUGUCAUACUGACCUACUGCUCCCUGAGUGCACUAAACUAAGACACGAGACUAGCCCCAGUUUAAAAAACCUUCCACCACUUUGAGCCAUACUGGGUACACCAUCCUUUCAGCCUGGUGAAAGGCAACAACUCGAGUGUCCAGUCCAAAGAUGUGCAGGUCAGGUGAAUUGGCCAUGCUAAAUUGCCCAUAGUGCUAGGUGCAUUAAUCAGAGGUAAAUAUAGGAUAGGGGAAUGGGUCUGGAUGGGUAACUCUCAGGAGGGUUGAUGUGGACUUGUUGGGCCAAAGGCCCUGUUUCCAUACUGUAAGGAGUCUAAUCUAACCAAAAAAAGUGUUCUGAAGGAACAGCCUCAAAGUUGUUAAAUGUUUAAAAAGAAAACUGCCCCUCACUAUAAUCACCCUAACAUUAAAAUGUAGCUGCCUAAUGAGCUGGACUCUGGGAUACAUGUACAAACUAGGAGAGGGAGAACAUAACAAAGAGGUGUACUUGAAAUUUGACGUUCAUUUGCAUGUUUCAUUUUAUAGAUAUAGACAGAUGAAUUGUUGUAGUUGAAGGGCACUCCCAACAAGGUCGUCUUGUAUUUUUAAAUGACCUUUCUGACUUGAUAUGACAUAACUCUGGAGCAAGUACCCUUGAACCAGUUGAACUGCUUUGUUUGCAAAUAGCAAACAUUGGUUAUGCAGCGUUGUUGCUGAACUAGCUGUAUGGCAGCUGCCCCUCAGAAUACACUUCUGAAACUGCUACAUAUAUUAAUUUUCUGCUUAACUCAUGAACUACCAACCAUUGUUGAUUGUCAAGGUUUAGUCAAGCAGUUCUAUUUAAACAUGUUGAUGUCAUAGAGUCAGGAAGAGUUGUAGAGAUGUACAGCAUGGAAACACCCUUUUGGUCCAAUUUGUCCAUGCCGACCAGAUAACCCAACCCAAUCUAGUCCACCUUCUAGUACGUGGCUCAUAUCCCUCCAAACCCUACCUAUUCAUAUACCCAUCCAAAUGCCUUUUUAAAUGUUGCAAUUGUACCAACCUCCACCACUUCCUCUGGCAGCUCAUUCCAUACUCGUACCACCGUCUGUGUGAAAAGAUUGCCCCUUUAGGGCUCUUUUAUAUCUUUCCCCUUUCAACCCAAAUCCAUGUCCUCUAGUCCUGGGCUCCCCCACCCCAGGGAAGAAACUGUCGAAUUAUCCUAACCCUUCCCCUCAUGAUUUUAUAAACCUCUAUAAGGUCACCCCUCAGCCUCCGACGCUUCAAGGAAAACAGCUCCAGUCUUUUCAGCCUCUCCCUAUAGCUCAAACCCUCCAACCCUGGCAAUGUCCUUGUAAAUCUUUUCUGAAUCCUCUCAAGUUUCACAACAUCCUUCUGUUAGCAUGGAGGCUAGAAUUGCAUGCAAUACUCCAAAACUGGCCGAACCAAUAUCCUGUACAGCCGCAUCAUAACCUCCCAACUCCUGUACUCAAUACUCUGACCAAUAAAAGAAAGCAUGCCAAACACCUUCUUCACUAUCCUAUCUACCUGUGGCUCCACUUUCAAGGAGCUAUGAACCUGCACUCCAAGGUCUUUGUUCAGCAACACUCCCUAGGACCUUACCAUUAAGUGUAUAAGUCCUGCUAAGAUUUGCUUUCCCAAAAUGCAGCACCUUGCAUUUGUCUAAAUUAAACUCCAUCUUCCGCCUCUCAGCCCAUUGGCCCAUCUGAUCAAGAUCCCGUUGUAAUCUGAGGUAAUCUCCACUAUACCUCCAAUUUUGGUAUCAUCUGCAAACUUACUAACUAUACCUCUUGUGUUCACAUCCAAAUCAUUUGUAUAAAUGAAGAAAAGUAGUGGACCCAGCACCGAUCCUUGUGGCACUCCACUACUUCAGUCUGAAAGGCAACCCUCCACCAUCACCCUCUUGUCUUCUACCUUUGAGCCAGUUCUGUAUCUAAAUGGCUAGUUCUCCUUGUAUUCAAUGAGACUAACCUUGCUAAACAGUCUCCCAAGGGGAACCUUGGAGAAUGCCUUAAUGAAGUCCAUGUAGAUCAUGUCCACUGCUCUGCCCUCAAAAAUCCUCUUUGCUACUUCUUCAAAAAACUCUGUUUUUUGAUAUGUCACCAUAAGCUCAAUCCUUGCAGCAUAGCCAUAUCAUACUCAAUAAGAUCAUAUCUCCCCUCAAGUCAGUGUCAUUCUGAUCUUUUUAUAUCAAUUCCAAAUCUGAAAU